AUGGACAAGAGAAGUCUACACAGCAGGUUGGAUGGACAUCAAGUUUUGCAAGACCAACCUCUCAUUGAGCACAAGGAGUUGGAUGGGAGACCCCCUGUGUACACAUUAGUUGGGCAUGAAGAGGAUUUGCGAGAAGAGGAGCCUGAGCUCGAUCGAGCUGAGGAUCGAGCUGAGUCGGCUGAGGAUCGAGCUGAGGACAACGCUCAGUGA